AUGUCGUGCAAUUCUGGUCAGGUGCCCAAUUCUUCAAAAGUCGUGAAUAUUUCUAGCCAAUCCGUUUCCGCGGCGUUUUACUCAAUCCCCUCGGUCGAUAGCAGUUCUCAGAGGCGGACUGGGGGCUCUGGUAGUUUCGGAGCAGGAUUGGCAGCGAGGAAUUCGAGUUCCCCAAGAAAUAACCAGGCUCUCAAGAGCCAUCACAAGCGGCAGAGACGUCCUCGGUUGCUGGAUGAUGACGAGUACAGCGAAACUGCCGUCAUGAGAUCGACAACGAGUCGUAAAGGACAAACGUCCAUCACGCAUUUGAUGAACUUUUCCCUACCUCCACGCCCGCAAUACCAGCCGCCACCACGCAAUAGCCGUCGAUAUGCUUCGUGGGGAUUAGGCUCGGGUUACCAUGCGAUGGAUAAAGCUCGCUACGUGCACGCAAAUUACCGGUUUAUUGUGAAUCCCACUCGAAGUUAUCAUGCACAGGCGGCGAAUGCCGAUGUUCAUCUGGAUUGGGAUUCGGUCUUACAGGUCCUGGUCUCGGCGCAAACCCAAUCCACAAGCUGUCCCAUCUGUUUAUCUACGCCAGUAGCACCUCGGAUGGCUCGGUGUGGUCACAUAUUCUGCCUACCGUGUCUGAUUCGCUAUAUGCACUCUACUGACGAUGACGCUCCUGUCCCUGAGAAGAAGGCUCGCUGGAAGAAGUGCCCAAUUUGUUGGGACUCAAUCUGCAUUUCAGAGAUCCGACCUGUAAGAUGGUUUCGUGGGCAAGAAGGAGAUAUCCCUGUCGAAGGCGGUGAUGUGGUGCUGCGACUGGUGAAGCGAGAUCCGGGCAGCACCCUUGCACUACCGCGCGAUGGCGCAGAGAGUCUCAACCCCGACGAGGAUGUUCCGUGGUACCAUGCAGCGGAGGUAGCUGACUACGCUCGAAUUAUGAAAGGCGGCGAAGAUUACAUGAUCACUCAGUAUGACGCAGAAGUGGAAGAUCUUCGAAGGCAGGAAGCUGAGGAUGAGCUUUUAUUUGGCGACGAUACUACGUGGACCAAAAAGGCUAUCGCCGCCAUCAACGAUGCGAAAUCAAAAAUUAAAGGGAUUGGAAAUCCGCCCGAUAUUCAGCGACAACCUGCUAUGGACAAGCCACCCAGGGAAGUCGUCCCGGUGCAGUCACCACAGGAUGGUAUUCAAACUGGGGAUACCUCGUCAGCUGAGUCCAUCUCGUCAGGCGUGGGCGCUGGGGCUACUACUACUCCGGCUACGACCGGUGACGUAGACCGCGUGGCAGAGGCUGUAGCCAAUGUUCAGUUGAACUCGGCUCCGGAAGCGAAGUUGAAACAGAAAGAUCCUGGGCGUAGCCGAAGCUCUCAUGCAGGCGAUCGGACUCGGGAAGGCAAUGGUCCUCACCCCCCCGACCAUCCUUUUUACUUCUAUCAGGCUCUUCCUCAAUUCUACCUGUCUCCGUUGGAUAUUCGCAUACUGAAGGCUGCUUUUGGAGAUUACGCUACAUUUCCAGCGACGAUUCUUCCCCGCGUCGAGCGUAUCUCAAGCGGACAUAUCGUUGACGAUGAGCUCCGAAAACGUGUCAAGUAUUUGGGCCACCUUCCACAAGGAUGUGAGGUAAACUUCCUCGAAUGCGAUUGGAGAGAUGUGGUCGUUCCAGAGAUAUUGGAGCGCUUCAGCGCUGAGACUGGAAAAAGAAGGAAGCGUAACAAGGAGAAAGAGGCACGCGAAGAGAAGGAACGACUCCGCGCGGAGAAGGAAGAGGAGGAAAAACGCUGGGCUGCCGCACGCCGCAGGAGACCCAGCAUUGGCAUCAGUGAUCCACCGUUUUCCGAGCAAGAUUUCCAGCCAUUAUCCAAUGACCCUACGGCUGCCGGCUUUCCGCCCUUCGACGCUGGCUCGUCGUCCGCAUCACCGCCUCGGCCGUCCUCGCAGUUUGGCGCCUUAGCCUCACCGUCGACCACUCCUCCCGGAGUUCGUACUGUUUGGGGAACUACCGUCGCGCCAUCAAUCUCAGAGUCGUCAGAGCUUCCCUCGAGACCCGCUCGCCACGACGGCUGGCGCGAGGACUGGGAAGAAGAGUUACUGGCUCACCAGGAAAGGCAGUUGUUGGCUCAGACGAGUCUGGAAGGAAACCAACCUUCUUCUGCUGGUGGUGGCGGACGCAAGAAGAAGAAUAAGAAGAUCACGCUCAUGUCAACCAACAUUCAGAGAGGAGCAUGA